AUGGCUGCUGUCGGUAUUCCCAUUAAGUUACUUCACGAGUCGGUUGGUCACACAGUCACUGUGGAGAUGCAAACGGGCGAGCUGUAUAGAGGGCAUCUGAUCCACACUGAGGAUAACAUGAACCUCCUCAUUGCGGAGGUGGUAGUAACGAGGAGGGACGGGAAGCAGACAAGUCUGGAGCAGGCCUACAUCCGUGGCUCCAAAAUACGUUACAUAGUCGUUCCAGACAACCUUCGGUAUGCUCCUAUGUUCAAGCCUAGGAGGCAGGGUGCAGGUUCGGGCUGGGGUAGUUUGAACGCCCCUGGGGCCAAGGGCAAAGGAGGUAAGGGUAAGGGUGGCAAGGGCAAGGGGAGGUUCUAG